GCGCAAGACAGCGACCUACGUGGCAUCACCACUACUAGGUCUCGAGGUCCUACUCGGCGGACCGGGAUGGGUGCGAACAGCUGCGGAGCAACAUCUGCCUGGCACCCCGGCCAACACGCCGAACAUGAGCCGCUGCAUGCACAGCCAUCACACCCGGAAGCGAUAUGGGCGAAAUGCUGAAAUGACCAGCGCAAACG